AUCGCGAUGCAAAUAUCACGGGAAAAUAUCCUUUGAUAUUAAAAUUACCAUUCAACUAUGAAUAACAAGCUUGCUACAGCUGGGUCAGUUUUAAAGCAGAUGUUUCUAUGUGAAAAGACAGAGAUAUAAACUGACGAGUAGCUAAAACAAUCAAUCAUCACUUUAGUUUCAUCAUGAAAGCCUCUGCAGUUAUGACGUGUUUUUCGAUGGUUCUCAUCUCAGCUGUAUUUUGCUACUCUCCAGAGUUGGAGAAAAGAAUUUGGCAGCCUGCAAGCUGGUUUGAACCUCUAAUUAAAUGUAAGACUGGCAACAAACAUUCCUUGGGGAGUUACGGCUGCUACUGUGGACCAGCAUUCGAUAAACAAUUCAAGAAGACUCCUGUGGAUGAUUUGGACAGAUGCUGUUUACAACACAAAAAAUGCUUGGAGAAAUAUACAACUGAGGGCGAAGACAGCCUUUGCUCUCCAACACAUUUGAGAGAUUGUGAAUGGAAUGCAAUAAACUGCAUGUAUGCUCUUGAUAUCAAAAAGAUUUUACGUGACGGACGGAACAACCUAAGCUGUUAGUGAUGAAAACUCUGUAAUUAUUAAAGCUUCCAAGCAAUAACAGAAUACGAAAUGUUGACGCUGUUUGAGUGAAGUCCAAUUUGGGGGUUUUCGGGGGUUCUAGGUGAAAAGUAAAGGGAUAUUUGGAGGGAAAAUCAAUGGGUUAUGGGAGAUUUGGUUCAGAUAAAACGAAAUAUUCACUAGCGGAAUCAUUAAUUUUUGCAAUUGUAAUUAGCGGGAUAAGGAAUAUUUCGGCCAAAAAUUAACGGGAUGCGAGAUACUCGCCAUCUUACUUUGCUUUGGCAGUCUAUCUACCUCUGGUCUUCCUUUUA